UAGCGCCCAGCGACGACACCAACAGUCGGUUGGUUGGCUGGCUAAAAUAUCGAGAUAUUACAAUUUGCCAUUGGCGCCAUUGCAUUUUGCGGGAACUUUAUGGGCCGUGCUAAUGGCAACAAUGACAAGUUUGUGAUGGCCGUUGCCAGCUUACGCGAGAGAGAGAAACGCGUUUACUAUCGGGUACACAUUAUUAUCUUUCCACGAGUUACAAGUUGAGUGCAUAAGCUUGGUGUUUCGGGAUCGGAACGUAACCCAAUCGGAAGUCUAGACGCGAGUGUGAAGUCGCAACUCAAGUCAGCAUCCUUCAGCCCCAGGAAGACGUUGAUCGGAUCAUUGUGAAGUCGAACGGCUGCGUUUCGUCUGCACUGGAACAGCAAAGACAGCUUGGCUACAUUUCCCCUAUGUGCCAAGAUUCCAAUCCACAAUGAGAUGCUUGUGAGUUCUGUGUUUCGACUACUUACAUGUACAAUGCCAGCCAAUUACUUUUGGCUUCUUGAUCUGGGAUAGCUUGUAGAAACAUCGAUGGUUUUUAGUAAUGCUAUGUUGUAAAUUAUCAAGCACCAUGGACUAAGCAAGUAAUACUUGGAAUUUAACUAAUGAGCAAAAAUGAAGCAUCGCAACUGUGUACUUUUUGAAUGAUUUUUGUUCACCAUCAAUAUUAUUUAUAAAUGGGUGAAGUUUAUAAGCAAAUGCACUUGAACGAUAAAUCAGAGCAUAAACAUUACUCGAUAGUUUACCUGUUCUUCAAUGGAUAAUGUAGUUCAGAGAAGAUGUUGAACAAGUUUGUGCAGCUGAUGUGGAAGUGUUGGUGAAAUAAGAAAAUUUCACCAGAGUCUGUGCACAAGUGAUCUGACAAGGGAAUGCUUGUUAAAAUACAUUCGCCAGUGGAAGAAUCAACAGAAACUACAUGCAUGUCAGGAACAGGCAAUCUUGGACGUAAACGCGUUGAGUGGCGUCGAAACGCCAACAUUGAAAUUCAUCAGUAUCUGAGGAACAUUACCUUUCGAGAUAUAUAUACUUUGAAAAGUUGAAAGAUUAAAUAAGGGAACUAUUAGGUAGCUAAACGCUACCCAGAGUUUCGAGGUGCUGCGUGGGCAUGCAGCAGCCUCAGUCACGCCCUCUCCUUGGGGACUCUGUAUCCUCUACAACAUCCCCAACCACACAUCGCAGCAACAACCCUGUUGCAGUUCUUACACAACAACAACUGCAUCAGUUGCAACAGCUUCAAACUCAAAAUUCAGGACCUCAAUCUGUAACGUUUACUCUGCAGCAAUCAUCUGGUGGUAAUCAAGAGCAGACAAAUGGCUCUACAACAGGAAAUCACAUACUCUACGUGAACCAACUGAAUCAAUUAAAUCAAGGUCCCAUUAAUUCAUCUGGGACUGGUAUGGGCCUACCCCCGGCCACCCCCACUUUUGGGGUUGGCCUUAAUAUGGGAUUGCCAUUAUCAUUAUUAAAUACCAGUCUCACAUCUUUAACUUCAAAUGCCAUAACGACGUCAAACCCUUUACUCAAUUUAAGCCUUCCUGGCAUAAACUCGGGCCUAACUGCAAUAAACCCUAGUAUAAAUCAAUUAAGUGCUCUUGGCACAAAUUUAAAUUCCAAUUUGCCAUCAGACAGUAUUAAUAAUGGACUGUCAAAUCUUGGACAAGAUCUAACUGGCAUGAGUUCAGGCAUUAAUAGACUAGGUACAUUAAAUUCGACCAGUAUUAAUUCUGGACUCUCUAAUAUCAGUGCAGGACUUGGCAGUGUCAAUCCAAAUUUAACGAGCUUAAGUACAACCACAAUAAAUCAAAAUCUUGCCACUAUCAAUCCAAAUCUAAAUACACCAAACUCUGUUUCAUCUACUUUGAACUCUACAAAUUUAUCUACAAAUAUAAAUUCAACUUUGACUCAACAAAGUGUGAAUAGGCCCUUGAAUACUAUUUCCAAUUUUAACUCUUCAAAUAGUAAUGCACAAUUUCCUUUUCAAGCUAUUCAAAGCAUACAAAGUAUUGCCCCUCAUAUUGUUGGUUCAAGUAUUGCAAACGUUGUGAGUUCUGCCAUUUCACAGAGCCAAAGCAAUAUAACUUCAACUGUACAGUCCAGCAACACUGGAUCUUUACCAAGCGUUAGUAGUAUUUAUACUAACACCAGCAGUGGACCAAUUCUUGCCACAACUACCAACACUGCUCAUGGAUCAAAUACUAAUCAACAAAUAAAUGUCGCUCAGUUUGGCAUUAUGAGUUCUAAUAUGCCUAACAUCAUAACGUCGCACGUCAGUACAAAUGAUUCCAAUCCAAAUGCUCCUAUUAAUACUGGAUAUCGACAAUUUCCAAAUCAGAACAUUAAUCAAUCGACUAGUGGCCUGACCAAUCAACCCUCAAAUUCAAUUAUUUCUAGUAUAAAAACAAUGCAGGGUAUUCAAAAUCAAGCCAGCACUUCACCCAGUAGUCCAUUUUCUAUACCAAUGAAAAGCCCAGCAUCUAAUAUUGCUCCACCAACUCCAAGUCCAAGUCCAAAUAGACUGUUGCUUCGGAGUCCUGCAUCUAACUCUGUUCAAUCUAGAAAUAGUCCCAGUCCAGUAUCUACUGCAACAUCUAAUGCCAAUUUUGGCAUGCAGUUGCAGAGCCCCAUGCAAAGUCCCAUUAGUGUUGGUCAAAUACAGAGUCCAGUACCCAGUCCUUAUCCUCCUGCUAAAAGCCCUCAUCAUUUAGGUGCUGGUUCAAAUUUGAGUAAUAAGAGUCCUGCACCAGGAGGUAGUCCAGGACCACCAGUUGUGAGACCCAACACUCCAAUUUUACAACAAGGAAUGCAAGUUUUGCAAAUUAUUCAUGGCACUCCUCAAGGAUACCAGCAAGCUCCUCAACUAGUUACAAGAACUCAUCUUUUUGGUAAUCAACAAAUACAAAUCGCAUCUUCAGCGAAACCAAGUAAACAGCCACCACAAAUAUUACCAAAACCUCCAUUGCAACAAACAAAUGUGGGUCAACAGAAACAACGAGUUACAACUUCUAUAACCAAUCAGGUAACUCAGCAAUCACAACCUCAGCUGGUUUUAGCUGGUCCACAACCAAAUACACAAACAGCUACCAUGAUUCCAACAGCUUCGGGUCUUCUACUAAAUCAGGUUUUGCCAUCAACUGGACCAGUUAUAGUGCAGCAGCAGCCUGGUGGGGUUCAACUGAUUCUCAGAGCUCCAACAAAUGCUCAACAGCAAACACAUACCGCACAGCUAACGCAACAACAACUAGUGAGGGUUGUCACAGCACAGGGAGUUCAACUACAAGGUCUUGCACCAACUUUUUUUGCUGUUCCCAAUGGUUUUUCAUCUCCAGCACCUCCUGUUAUUAGGCAUACACCUUCUAGUCCAGUUCCAACCAACUCAAGCAACAACGGUUCAAUAGUGAUUCAAAAUACAAUGGUACAAAAUUCACAACCACAAAUCACACAACCUACUGCUGCCAUUAAUACAACUGGAAAUGUUCAAAAUUCACAAACUCUUAUUGAUCAGAGUUUGUUACCUCCUCCAAAGAAAAAAGCGAAGAAAAAGAAAAAAGCGAAGAAAAAGGAAGAAGAAGCACCUAAGCUUGAUCUUGCUAGCAUAAUGAAAAUAUCAGGCAUUGGUGACGAUGAUGACAUUUUUGACACUGAACUUACAUCAGAAAGUGAAGCUCCUCCAAGUUCUCAAAUAGAUAUGAAUCCAGUGCCAAAUCCUCCAGUCAUUACUAUGCCUAAUACCUCAACUCAACAAAAUGUUAUGCAAAUACCUGUUUCAAGUACUCCCACAAAUGUACUUUCAACCACAUCUUGUCAACCGAAAACAGAACAGUUGAAUUAUAACCAUUUGGUAAAACAGCUUCAAAUACCUGUACAAAGUACUAUUUCCGGAGAACUGCGAUUGGCCGUUGAUGAAGAAGGACGUAUAGUUUUGCAUCAUUCACCUGAAGUGAAUCAAUCAGAAAUUAGUCACGCUCUGAUGAGAACUCUGACGCAAGGUGGUAGUCAAAACUCUCAAAUAAUUUCUCAACUGUUGCAAGCCCAGUCAGCAGUAGUGCAGCAAACAUCGCCAAACACUACUAACAAUAAACAAAAGUUUUCAAAAUCACCAGUUCCAAGCACAUUAUCGACCGCAGGACCACCUCUUUCAAGUUCGACAAAUACACAGGGAACGACAACAAUAAUUACUCCCCAGCAAGUACAUGUCAAUUCUUCAGGUUCCAGUAAUCUGCAGAAUUUCAAUGUUUCUGGCAUAACACAAAAUACUCAAGCGGUAUUACCACCGGUAUCUCCAAGUUUACCCUCUAAUGUUAACAUCUCGGCACAAAACGUGGGUACUUCAACGAAAAAUGUUGUUACUAAAAAAGUUUUCGACGCCAAAAAACAAACAAUGGUUGAUAUCAAAACUACGACCUGUCAAAAAACUACUGUGCAACCAUCUCGAUCACCAGGGUCAAAUCAGAUAAGAACUAUUAAUUCUGUUCAAACAUCGAAAGUUCGGAAUAGUUCUGUUAAUAUAAAUCAACCGCAAAAUCUUGAUAAGCAAAUUGUUGUUCGGUCAAUAAAGCCCGUAGCAAGCUGCGCGCCAGUUCAACGUAACGUUCAAUUAAUUAAAAACAACCAAAAUCAGCUCCAACAAAUAAGUAUCCAAGAAGAUGGCACAAUUGUCCCACAAAAUACAACUGUUUAUCAAAACAUCAGUCAGUCUCAAAAUGUACAGCAUAUGUUUGAGCAGAGUUUGCAACCAAAUGUUGACUCUACUCAUUUACAACAGGGAACCAUGGAUGGCAUCAAAAUUGAAUCUAUGGUUAGUAAUGCCCAACAACCUCAACAGCAUACUAUUAACUUUGUUCAACAAAAUAUUGGCAGUAAUAUCCCAUCAUUAGAACAUAAUUUGCAAUUUCAAAACGAUUUACUACUUUCUCAACAGCAACAGUUACAAGGAAAUCUAAAUAAUGCCAGACAACAAAAAGGAAAAACUAUUAAUACAAGUUCAGCCAAUAAUCAAACAUAUGAACUACAAAAUCUUCAAACAAACAUUGUUAUUUCAAAUUCACCGUGCCCGUCACAACAACAACAACAACAGCUGCAGCAGCAGCAACAACAACAGCAACAAUUACAGCAACAGCAGCAGCAGCAACAGGAACAGACAAAAGUCGAGGCCGACAACUUGUGCCAUAUAAAUUCUUCUGCAGCUGCAAUUUUGAAUAGUGCACCAAAAAUAACUCCUGAAAUAAUGAAUGCUUUGAGCAAUUUAAAUCCAAAUGAUCAAUUGUUGAUUGCGAAUGCCAAUGGACAAAUGCAAGUAAUUAGCCAACAGCUACUGCAACAGCUGCUAUCAGGUCAGAUAAAUGCUCAAGCUCAAGCUCAGGCACAAGCCCAAGCUCAGGCUCAGGCACAAGCUCAAGCUGUACAAGCGCAAGUGCAAGCACAUGCUCAGGCCCAGGCACAGGCUCAGGCUCAGGCACAGGCACAGGCACAGGCACAGGCACAGGCUCAGGCUCAGGCACAAGCACAACAACAAAAUCAAACUCAAAAAAUUGUGAUUGGUGAUCCAGAUUCUAGUAAUUCAAAUUUGCAAGAAGUUCAGAUUAACACUCCGACUAGCCAGAUAAUAGUGAAUAGUUCCGGUGGUGCGCCAACAAUUCAAAAUAAUAUUCAAAAUAUUGUAGUUCAAGCCGCCCCGUCUCAAAUGCCACAGCAAAUUCAAAUUCAAAAUUCAGGAUUCCCAAGCCAAUUUAUUGAUAAUUUAAAUCAACAGCAAAUUCGAAAUCUUGCAAACAGUACAGCUAUAAACCAAACUGGAAAUCAGAGUGUUAACCAAAGUUGUGCUCCUAAAAAGGCCAAGAUAGUGAAACGAACAAAAAUAGUGACUGUGACGCAACAGCAAACGGGAAAAAAUGUUAAUGUUUCUCGUUCUAUGAUUGUUAGUAGUACAGCUUCAGUUACGACAUCGACUACGACGACGACGAACGUAACUUCUCAACAAAAGUUGGAAACUUCGAAUAAAAUGCUCAAUUUCCUCGCACAGUCCACGGCGGUUGACAGCAGUAACAAAAACGAUUCUCCACAGCUUGUCCCUGCUGUCAAUGGACCUUUAACUUCUGCAUCUCCCACUUGUCAAGUGCCUAUUUUACCAAGUGGUCAAGUUGUUCAAAGGGUACAGACUAUACAAUUAAGCUCCCAAAAACAACAACUGCUCACUAGCAAUCAGGCUCAAAUUCGAACUAUACUUGCGCGGAAAAGCAAUUCUCAGACAGACCAAGUCAUUUUAGCUAAAUUGUAUCAAGAGCAAGCACGAAUAUUAGCCAGUGGUAAAGUCAUUAGCAGUACUUCGCAUCCUGUUACAAGUGAGUCCGAAACCACAAUCAGCGUAAACGUAGUAUCCUCGACGACUUUAGGUAGUGUUGCUCAAACCUUGUCUAAAAGUCAAACAUCAACGGUUCAAACUCAGACUUCAUUAGCAAGUCCUACGACGACGACAACAGCAGCGACAUGUCAAAAUAUUAAUGUAACUACAUCAUCGUCUAGUAGCAUAUAUUUAUCAAAUAUUGCACAGGACCAGAACGCAAAGUCAGUAAUUCCAAUGAAACAAAUCCAGCAACAGCAGCAAGUUCAAUCUCAAACACAGAUUGACGCUGAGGUUGAAUCUACUACUACAAGUUGCCAAAUGUCUGUUCCGUCCAGCUCUAAUGCAGAAAAUUUCGGCGGCCCUAGAGAAAUUUUGGAAUCUCAACAACAAACGUUACAAUGCCAAGGCGAUGUUGUAGACGUUAAACCUUGUAUUCCAGCAACGACGAGUCCUGUUAUAAAACAAGAGUUUAACUCUCCCGUUCAGAUUCAAGCUCAAAAUGCCUCACCUGCAGGCCAGGUGGUGUCUCCUCGAAUGGCCGGUAGUAAAACAUUUCAGAAUACCCAGAACAAAUUAUUGAGUCCCGAUAAUCCGUCGACGACGUCAACAAGUCCAAGACAGGGUGUCAAAAGAACAUCGAGUUCUAGUCCUGUAUCACUCCGCCAAGUGAAUCGAACUGAUCUAUUCGAGCAGCAAUUAAAAAUUGAUCAAAAUGGUGCAACGAAUCCUGACGUAAAUACGCCUUUUCAAAGUAAGCGUGAUGCUUGUAAACGCCUUGUAAGAUAUCACUGUUUUAACGAGCAAGUGCUCAGUUCAAAGGAUUUGGAAAAAGCUGACGAAAUUUUUGAAGAAACGGCAAAGCAUUUAUUGAGCAAAUUUAAUUCUAUGAUGAAUAAGUACACUUACCUUUUAAUAAUGGAAAGCAUGCGUGAGACGAGGACAUCCGAACUUAUGAUGAUCGACCGAAUGAUCGUAAAUGAAGAGCAAGUUACUUUGAAUAGGUUGCGUGAGCAAGAGGCCAAGGUGUUAGUCGAUGAGAAGCUGUUGGUGCCAAAACUCGAGCCGCUUUCAGAAGACACGGAUAUGCCUGAAGUAGAAAUGAUGAGUAAGGAAGGCUCAGCUGAAGUUAAACUUGAGCUUGGGAUGGAGGUAGGCGUAGGCGUAGGCAAAUCCGCCGACUACGACGAAUGGUUAGAAAUUCAAAAAGAACUAGGCGUAUACACGUCGACGGAGUUGGGGCUGGCCGGAAAGUGUUCUCGUAAGUCGAGCAGGGCACGUGCUAAUGGCGAAAACCGUUUAGAAAAUAGCGAGGCAAGUGCCUCUGAGCUGGAGCGCGACCUGCUCGAGGAUACAGAAAGCCUUGACGGACUUGCUCUAUAUGCACAGGCCCAGUGCCCUGCUCGGGCACAAUCUAGCGAGCGUAAUUCGAAUCCUGAGGAUAACGACGAUAUAACGGCUCAGGUACAGUCGGCCAUUGACAGCAUUCUUAGUCUAAAGAAGCGGCCACAAACGGCGGGUAACAGCCAGAGUACUCAAGCUGAGGCAAAUGAUAAGCUACUCGACCAAGCAGUACGUAGUAUAAUGGGCUCGUGACCCUCCUCUAGUAAAGUUUAUUAAAGUCGAUCUCUAUCUGGGCCUUGCGCCUUCCACCUCGUGCGUCUCGCUCCUUAUUCUUGGAUAAGUUCAAGCUGCCCAAGCAAGGGGCACAUUUCAUGCAUCAAUAUAGAUUCUCUUUUUUAAUGAUGCCGACCUGUAAUACAGCUUGAUAAAUAGCAAAUAGCGCAGUCCCCGCGUCGCGCAAGGCCUUCUUUUGUACAAUGGCCUUUAUUUUAGCAGCUAUUCAUGUGAUUAGAUAGCUAAAUAAUCAACUCGAAUAUUUUCUUCGACUACUUUGUAAUGUAAUUUUGUAAAAUUUUAUAUAUUUAAGAAUCAUUUAUUCCAAAUAAGUCACAUCACAUUAGUAUGUAACGUAAAAUGCAUAUUUAAAGCAGAAUACCAAUACUUGCUACGACAAGUACAGAUGAAUUGGUGAAUUGUACAUAUGUUUUUAAUGUGUAUUAUCAUAUUAGAUUAUUAUGAUUACGACUAUUAUUAUUAUUAUAUAAUUUACCAUUAUUGUUAUCGAGAUUCAUUCUCAGAAUAAUUGUAAACUGCUAUAAUUGUACAUUUUUUCUAACGCACUUGAACAAUUUCCGGGAAAUUAGAAUAAAGACCGGCAUCAAGUGCUGCAGAGUGAGAAAAGUUAGAGAUCAUUAGAAUAUUGUGAAACUGCGUUGGUUAAGAAAAAUGGGAGAACAAGACAAAUUAAACUAGUCGAAGAACAUAACUCAUUCUUGAAAAUUUUUUAUAUCAACAUUUAGUAUUGCACAUAUACAAUAGAUUGAUAUUUGAAGCUGCCAUCAUUUUAAAAUUAUUAAAGGUCAACAUUUCCAUUAAUUUUUUUUCAAACAUCAAUUUAUAAAGCAUAUUGGCUUGAUUUUAUAUUUUAUUAAAUAUUUUUCAAGUUUAGUCUGGUAUAUCAAUAACAUGAGUUAAGGAGUCUAUAAAAAUCUCAAGUUUUGCAAAAGAUAAUUUACAAGUUCUCGAGUGGUUUAAGCGUCUUGUUAGAUAAACGUUUUCAUUUAGUAGAUUAAUUUUGAAAGUAACGUUUGCAGAAAAUACGUGUGCGGUGAAAGGAUACUCUUUAUAGUUUUAAUAAAACUUUCAAUCAAGGUUUAUUAAGCGGGUUCGCGAGAAUUUAUUUAUUACAAUUAUUUUAAAUGUAAAUUAUUGUGUCACUCUAGCGCAUUAAUGAUCGCUUGGAGUUGAUAAGUUUUUAAUCGAAUAAGCGUUUAUCGCGUGUGAUUUAUACUGGACCUAGUAAGUUUCGAAUGAUUGAAGGUUUAUUUUCUAAGAGCUAGUAGGCAGAGAUAAAGGCAGGGUAGCCGGUGAGCAAACGAUGCGCACACUCACGCUUGGCUCAGCCCUCGAUGUACACAGUGUACAAAGAAUAUUCUGCUAAAUAAAAAUAAAACUUGAGCAAGACUGACGUAUAUACCGAUAAUGAAAUGCAAAAUACUUGAUGUAAUUAAGAAAUGAGUACCGUUCAUUUGUACAUAAUAUUUAAUUACUCUCUCGAAGGCGGUGUGACUUAUUACUUUCUAAAUGCGAAAAAUUUGACUGUAAAAAUAGUACUUUAGUUCCUCUCAACCAUUUUACUUAACAGGCUUCAUUUGUUUCGCCUACGCAAACGCAUACACUCAGUCAAUUUAGGCUUAUCCAUUCAUUGAUUUUAUAUCAGAAACACAAUUGCAAAAUCGAUUCUCGCACUUUUUGGUGAUGUUUUACAAAAGCGUCAAUCGAUAAAUUGUGAAUAACUGCAUAAUCGAACGGUAUAUAAUUCAAAUUACUUGACAAGGCUGUUAUGUUCCUAUUAGAUGCAAAACAAUUUGACCGAUACUGUUAUCCUAUUCUUGUUGCACAAGAUAUUGCGGUAUUUUAUUUCUCAUUCGUACAUUGCAUUUCUACUAUUUAUGAUAAUGAAAACAAAAUACUUUUAAUCCGUACAUAUUCCAAUGCGAAUCGAUACGUUUUACGCGGUACAAACGUCUUGUAGCAAGAAAUCAAGCGAAUAAAUAUCAAAAGAAUACCGCAAAUUUGACUUAACUUUUGUGUCUCAAUCCGUUGUGUACAUCUGACAAAACAAAUUUUCAUAGCUAAAAGUACC